AUGGUGAGGCAUCAGAAAAUCGUAUGCUCGACUUGUAGGCGGCGGAAAAGCAAAUGCGACGGGGCUUCGCCGAGCUGCUCCGCUUGUGUCGCCAGUGCUUCGCCUUGCCACUAUGAUAAGUCGCCCUCGCUUGCCUAUGUGCGCUCGUUGCAAUCUCGCAUUUGUGAGCUGGAGCGCAAUGCUAGCACACAGUCAACCUCUCCAUCCAGCCCGUCUUUUGCUGGCUCGACUUUCAGCAACCAACGCGGCGACUCUAUAAGUCUGGAUGCGCUGGGCGAUGUUGGCUACCAUAACCAGACAUCUGCUAUACAUGAAGAUCUACCGCAGAAGAAUUCUCAGCCAUUGUAUGUUGCAUCCCUGUUAUCGUCAUCGACAGACAAAAGCCGAGCAGCAGAUAUCAGACAAGAACUGGUGGACAAUGCUGCCACACAAAAAGGCUUAGAAAUUAUGAACUUGGAUGCAUCCCAGUCAUUGGCAAAUUUAUCCUAUGAUCUCGCCAGUACUUUACUGCAGCUACACUGGUGCUGGUUGCAUCCGAGUUUUGUUUUCGUCUACCGCCCCGCUUUCACGAGAGAUAUGCCUCUACUUGCGCGUGGGGAUCGAUCCGCUACACAUUGCUCUUCAACCCUUGUAAAGGUGCUUUAUGCUCACAGUUGUCGAUUUAUCCGGUCACCAGAUAUGGUGUGGAGCCCGGAUAGUCAUAGAGAGUCGUUUCAGGAACUUUCGGACCGUUUGAUGGCAGAGGCAAAGGCCUUGCUGGCCAUGGAAACUUUGAAUCCCCCUGCUAUUCCUACAAUCCAAGCAUUACUCCAGCAAUCAGCUCGAGAUGUUGCUUGUGGUCAGUCUUCCUCUGCAUGGCUCUAUUCCGGCAUGGCUUUUCGUAUGGCCAUUGAUCUUGGCCUACACGUCUCUCCCGACAAACUCCAACAAUAUUCUACCUCGCUCUCAUCAGAGGAUAUUGAGAUCAGAAAACGUCUCUUUUGGAGCAUGUACGCCUGGGACAAGCAUAUCAGCUUGUACCUAGGGAGGAUGCCAAAUUUCGUGAUGGGCGCUGAAAACGUAUCAUUGGAGUUUCUGGACGACUUCACUGACCAUGAUCCCUGGGUACCAUUUUAUGGACCCGACCCAAAGUCUGGAGAGCUCCCCCCCAUAUCCCCCAACCCCAGGCCAUGUUAUGUCCUGCUUCACAGAGCUAUGCAAACUCUGCAAAAUUCUCACGCGAGUGAUGCUAGAACUCUACAGCUCGCAGUCCGCCAGACACUCGGACAAUUCCCCAGAUCCACGAAUGACUGUCUUUAUCGAGAUCAAAAAGGAGCUACAGGAUUGGCACUCAUCUUUGCCAUCGUUCCUACAUAUACCGUGCAAUGA